UUUUAAAAACUUUUAGCUCAUAAAACAUACUAGUUUACCCGUGUGUGAUUCAUGAUGGCUUCAGUUAACUAUCAACUUCUGUUCCUUCUGUUUUUACACCUCAUGCUGCGUCUUGUGUUGGCGGGUGGAUAUGAGAAUAAGUACGAAUGAGAGUGUGCAGGUUCAUUUAGAUGUGGAUAUCUUGGCAAUAUCAGCUUCCCUUUCACUACAGCACAACACCGGGACUGUGGCUUAUUGCCAAUACAAUAUUGUGAUGAUGUUUCAAUGAAGCCAAAAAUGAUCCAAUUUCAGACUAAAGGGAAACUGUUUGAUUUUGAGGUUGAAGCUGUAAGUCCUCUUGAGCAUCACGGCGGUAAUGCUAGUUGCAGUUGUGUUUUCAGAGACAUAAAUAUGCACAGACUACUGCAAGACAGAAGUUGUGAUGUUUUCAGAAAUAAUUACACUCUUCCUCCCACACCUCACUUUGUUUCUUUUCAUAUAGAAACUUACACAAUCUUGUUCACGUGCAACCGUAGCCUCCAUGUCAACCCUCCAACAUAUAUACAUAACUAUACAAACUGUCCUCUCUAUGAUUUCUACUACCAGCCUCACAUCGAUACUGAUAAAGAGUCUUGGAGUGCUUUUAAAACAUGUGCAAAUGUCCGACUUCCGAUUAAAGACCUCGCUGACUCUGAAGACCCUUUUACUUUUGUAACUGCUGAUAUCACAACUCAAGUUAGCAUAACAGAGGAAUGUGCAAAUUGUCACUACAACCAAAGAGGACGGUGUCAACUUGACGGCAACGGAAGGUUUUUUUGUGCCAAUGCUAUGGUGGCAAAACAAAAAGGGCUGAGGUGGAAUGUUAAACUGGGUAUAGCUAUGAUGGUGACUAUUGGAGUUGCAGUGCUGAUGUUGUUGGCUUAUUGUUUACGAACAAAGAUCUUUAGUGCAGCAUUUCUUUUGUUCAGGAAGGAAGAUUCAACUCAUCAUAUUAUUGAGGAGUAUAUGAAAGAACAUGGACCUCUUCCUGUUGCAGCUAGGUACAGUUAUUCAGAUAUAAAAAAGAUAACAAACUCUUUCAAAAACAAAUUAGGCCAAGGAGGGUAUGGAAGUGUAUACAAAGGGAAAUUACAUGAUGAGCGUAAUGUUGCAGUGAAGAUUUUAAGUGAAUCAAAAGGUGAAGGUGAGGAUUUCAUCAAUGAAGUUGCGAGUAUCAGUAGAACUUCACAUGUCAAUGUUGUUAGGCUUUUGGGGUUUUGUUUGGACGGUUCUAAAAAGGCGCUAAUAUAUGAAUUUAUGCCUAAUGGAUCUCUUGAGAAGUUCAUAUAUGAAGAGAAAAAUCCACUGCAAGAUGAUCGACAUUUGGCUUGCAAAUCAUUGUAUGAUAUUGUAGUUGGCGUUGCUCAAGGAUUAGAGUAUUUACACAGAGGCUGCAACACUAGAAUCUUACACUUUGACAUAAAACCUCAUAAUAUAUUACUAGAUGAUGAUUUUUGUCCAAAAAUUUCUGAUUUUGGACUUGCUAAAAUAUGUCCAAGAAAAGAAAGCAUUGUAUCCAUCUUUGGUGCAAGGGGAACACCAGGAUAUAUUGCUCCUGAGUUGUUUUCCAGAAGUUUUGGUAGUGUGUCACAUAAAUCAGAUGUCUAUAGUUAUGGAAUGAUGGUUUUAGAGAUGGUUGGACGAAGAAAGAACAUUAAGGUUGAAGUUGAUUGUUCUAGUGAGUUAUACUUUCCACACUGGAUUUACAAGCGUCUUGAAUUGAAUCAGGAUCUUGGACUUAGGUGUAUUAACAAUGAAGUUGAUGAAGAAAUGGUAAGAAAAAUGACAGUGGUAAGUUUAUGGUGCAUACAAACCAAUCCUUCAAAUCGACCAUCGAUGCAUAAAGUGGUGGAAAUGUUGGAAGGGAGUCUUCAAGGGUUGGAAAUGCCACCCAAACCCUUUUUGUCUUCUCCUUCAGUAUCUCCAACCAAUUCGUCAUCUGAAAUAUUAUAAUUUAUAUGGAUGUUAAGAUGCAAUGCAGACUGCCAUGAUAUUUGACGUAUCAUAUAAAGAAAAUGUUACUAGUAUAAUAUAAUUGUAAUGUUGUAUAAUUUCUUUUGGUUUUUGUUUUAUGAGUAGGCUGUUAACACAUAUUCAUAUUAUUGUAUUUAUUUAUCACAACAAUGUUAUUCCUAUGUAUUGUCCAGUUUAUAAAUUUUCUGUGAUUGGCGAGUUGAUCUUGUCUCGUGUCAAAGCUGGCAUAACUAGCUAA